CUUUUCUUCUUCGCCGUCUGCUCUUCUUCUUCAUUUCUUUGUAAACUUUGAAAAAAAUCCUCUGCGCAGUCCACUCCUAAUCUCCUCUUUACCUUUUCCUUUCAGCAUUUAACCCACCCAAGAUUUCUUCUUCCGGAUACUGGCUUGACUUUGUUCUAAUUAUAGUUUCUGCUCGUGUUCGAUGACCUUUGAGGGAAAAGAAGAACUGGGUUUGACUUUUGUGGGUGUUCUUGUAAGAAUAAACUGCUUCUCUCAUACUCCCAAAGAUCACAUGUCACAUUUCACGCAAGUUUUCUCUUGAGCUUUAUAGUUUUUGUUGUUUAAAAUUCACGAGUUUUGAUGCUAAGUGAUCUACUUUAAGCGUGUUUAUGUUGGGGGUCAUUUAUAUCUUCAUUUGCUGGAAAUAGAUUCUGACUGCAAUUAGGUAGUCUUUUGAUGAAGGAGACAUCGAUUUCUUCAAACUUGCCAUUUUCUUUUACCAAUUUGAUGAGUUGGAUUUGAUCCUAACUCUCAGCAACCGCUACUUAGUUGAAGCUUUACUUGCAAUGUUGUGCCUGGAGUUUGACCUUCUAAUUUUUGUACUCGCUGGAUUGAUUGGUCAAAGAAUUCUGAAGUAACAAUUAUGGAGGCAUCUGGGUUUCUGGAUAAUGGCAUCUUUGGUAGUGUGGAGAGCUCAUUAAAUCUCUGUUUCCAGUCUUGUGUUUUAUGUUGGCAAAGUUGCGUGGUUACUUGGUUUUUCUUGUUGCUGGGAAAAACAGGUUCUCACUUGGUUUACUCCCAUCUCAAUGGUUCUUACCAUGUAAAGAUGAUAUUUCUUUUAAGGGCAUUUGAGAUUAUAUGAAUUGGGAGUUUGCCUCAGGUUCUAGGGAGCACUUGGUAGUUACAUUGGCGCUCUGGUGAACUUCAGUUUACUGAUUAAAUUUGUGUGCCACUGCCAAUCUGUGUUUUGAGUGGUAUGGACGUCCUGCAAGUCAUUUCUUCAGCUACCCAAAUAAUUUCAUGUAUGGUAGGGGCUGUUGGUGCCCUAGAGCAAGCAUCUAGGGAUCUUGAUGAAGCUCCAAAAAAAAUCCAAUACAUAGAAGAAUUUUUGAGAGAUCUCGAAAAUUUAGUACGGCUAACUAAGAAUAAACAAGGCCAUAAGCUUCAUAACCCACAGUUGAAUUACCAAAUUCAAAGUUUGAAUACCUUGAUAAAACAGCUGCGCACGAAUCUAACAAAGGCUAGAAGGACUAUUUCGAAGAGUAAAAUUAAAAAUGUAGCUAAGGUAGUAUGGAGUUCUAUGGCUGGAGACCCACUCACAAAGUUUAUAAACUCAAUGAGGAAUGACUUGGAUUGGUGGCUUGAAUCUCAAACAUUGGCCCAAAAUAUAGGUAAAGUGAUAGAGUCAACAGCAAAAGAUACGCCUAUUAAAUGGAAAAUAAAAACUGAUCAGGGCUAUCCACUUUCUAGUAAAUGUAAGUUGGUGAGGAAUCUACUGGAAAAAGAAGAUUCUCAUCGGGUUGUUCUAAUUGUUGGACUAUCUGGUAUUGGGAAGUCAUGUUUGGCUCGUCAAGUGGCUUCUGAUCUGCCAAUGAAAUUUGUGGAUGGUGCAGUUGAACUUGGAUUUGGGCAAGCAUGCUGUCGAGCUGCUUGCAAUGGAAGCAAAGCUGAGUAUGAAAAACGUUUAGCAAGAAAAAUCAGUAGAUUUCUUGUACAGAUUGGAUUUUGGAAAAACACUAAAGAUGAAAACAGUGGAGAUCUUGAAUAUGUUUGUUUUAAGCUUCAAGAAGCCUUGUAUGGAAAGAGCAUUUUAAUCCUUCUUGAUGAUGUAUGGGAGCAGGACAUAGUCCAACGGUUUGCAAAUCUGUAUGAUAAUGAUUCCAAGUAUCUAGUAACAACAAGAAAUGAAGCUGUCUAUGAAAUUACCGAGGCUGAGAAAGUUGAAUUAAGCAAAGAUGACACUAAGGAGAUAAGCAAGGCAAUCCUACUCUACCAUAGCCUCCUUGGUGAAGAAGAACUUCCGGAUAUGGCAAGUAAUUUGCUUGAAAGAUGUGGGCACCACCCUCUAACAGUUGCUGUUAUGGGUAAGGCUCUGAGGAAAGAAACAAGAGCUGAGAAAUGGGAGAAGGCCAUCUCCAACCUAUCUACUUACGCAGCAUGUGCACCGGGUCCUGUUUCCUAUGUGAAUGAGAAAGAAGCAGAGAACACGUUGACCAUAUUUGGUUCAUUUGAGUUCAGUCUAGAAGCUAUGCUCGGAGAGUCUAGAAAAUUCUUCAUAGCUCUUGCUGCUCUAUGCUGGGUAGAACCUGUACCUGAAUCUUGUCUAGAGUCCAUUUGGUCAGUGCUUGGAGAGGAGAGCUUGUUCCCUCUUGUAGUGUGCAAGCUUGUUGAAGGCUCCUUGCUGAUGAAAACUGAUACAGACCCCUUGUAUAAAGUACAUGACAUGGUUUCUCUGUACCUUGAUGGCAAGAUAGAUAAUUCAGUUGAAAUUCUGCUAAGUGAACCUACAUCUGGAGGCACAGCAUUUAUUUGUCCAUGGCUUCUUAUUUUUGGGAAAGAGAGCAUAAAGAAAAUUGUUCAGAAAAGGAUAGAGUUUCUCCUUGAUGUUUCAGAAGAAGAGCUAGUUGUUAUCACUUUGGAAGCCAUUGUCGAGGCCCUAAUGGCUAGCAAAUCCAUUUCUGAGCUUGAAGCUAGCAGAGCAAGCUUUAGUAGCAUAAUUGGACCAACAAUUGCAGACUUAAUAUCAGCUAAUUCGCAUGGUUUGAUUGCAACAUCUGCAAGUGCGAUCGCUAAUAUUUUUAGUGGGAGUGACUAUUCGAAGUAUUUUCCCUUGCUUGAAACCAGUGGUGCAGUUGAUAAGCUAGCAAAUGUGUUGGAGAUUUGUGACGAUCCAACUAUCCAAGCUAACAUCUUAACUGUCCUUGCAAAGCUUGCUGAGUUUGGAAGCCUGGAUAUUGUCGAUAAGGUGCUUCAAAGCAUUCCCUUUAACUAUCUUGGAGAGUUGCUCUCUCUUGACAGAGAGGAACUGCACGAGAGUGUCUUUACAAUAUUGACAUUAUUGAUGAAAGCCGGAAAAUCAAAAGCUGUUGAGAGAAUGUUUGCCUUUGAAAUUGAUAAGAAUUUAAUUAAACUUCUUGAGAAUGGGUCUGAAGUCGUGCAACACCAUGCAAUUGUCACUUUGAAGGCAUUUUAUGAGUUGAGUGGUCCUGCAAAUGGUUCUCUACGACCUGCAAAUCUAAGCCUUUUUCCAUGGCAAGUGAGGCUUCGUUUGGAAAGAUUUGUUCUGUCAGACAGUAAUGCAGGUCAACCCUCUCCAGAGCCACAAACUUUUGAAGGCCUCGUUCAUAAGGUGCUAGAAAGUGAUAGUAAGCGGAUCCUGGAGGCAAUGCAGGAUCUGAUACCAAUUCUUGAAAAUGCAGGGGACUCGAGAGUCAGAGAAAUGAUAAUACAAAGUCCCCUUGUGAGAAGACUGUCAGAACUUCUGCAACGUGGGCAUCUAGAACAAAACUCAAUAAGAUCCGAGUCGGCUUUUUUACUGAUGAAACUAGCAUGUUCUGGUGGCGAACCCUUCAUCAGGAAAUUUCUCGAGUAUAGUAUCAUUCCUGAGCUGGUAAAGAUGAUGCAAUGCCAAAUUGCAGAGCUGCAGGAUUCAGCAUAUACAGCACUCCACGAAAUGCUAGUCGGUAAUGGUGGAGUCCUGGUGUUGAAUAAGAUCUUUCAGAUAGGUCUCGUAGACAGAAUAGCUCAAUCACUUGACAGCAGAUCAGUAAAGACAAGGGAAGUAGCCACUAAUUGCAUAUUGGAUUUUGUUGAGCUAGGAAACAAAAGCAGUUUAGAGAAGAUGUUUUCUUUGCAAGUGGUGGAGAAGCUAGUGAAACAGGAAAAAGCCAGUGGGGGUUCUGGAGAAACUAUGGUUGGAUUCCUCAAGGGAAUGGAUAAAUGUAAGCAUCUUACUGUGCCGGAACGGAGGCUGAUGAAGCAACAAGCAGUGAAGAAGAUUAGGACAGCAUUGAAAGGCCACAAGUUUGAAACUCGUAUAUUAGUAGCCGUUGAUGCUUGUGUGUACGAAAACUCAAAAGGUAGUAGUAGUGGUGGCAAUAAUAGAUAUAGAAAGUAAAAGUAUAUCUAAAUUAUUUUUUGUCUUUCCUCUUGAAGAAGGAAAACAGAAAAUUAUUUUUUUCUGUUAUUUUGUAUCUCAAACUUUGUGUGUGUAAUGAUUACUUUUAAUGCAUACCAUUAUGAUCAUUAAACUUAAA